AUGCUAAAGGUCGAUACUUUGCAGCUGGCACAGUCCGAAGACACUCUGACGAGGGUACUCAUCGAGCUCCGCCACUGCCUGAACUCCCUCGCCCCAGUCGAUCAAAUUCCGCCGGAGAUCCUUGCGCACGUUUUUGAGAAUGUGCUCCAGCUGUCGGGUUGUGAAGGAAAGCCCAAACUAUACCAUGGUGCGACUGAACGCGUACGAACACGCCCACUGCUUUCUCUGUGCCACGUCUCAAGCAGGUGGCGCGCCGUCGCGCUGAACACGCCCUCCCUCUGGACGCGUAUCGACAAUCACAAUGGCGCUCAGCUUAACGCCUUCGUUCAACGUUCUGGUGCCAUGCCGCUAUCGCUCCACCUGCUUACCCAAGACGCUGAGCGCCUGGAUCACCUCCUGCAAGAGGAGGGCCACCGCAUUCGGCGGCUCAACCUGACGGAAUAUCCGCACUGGGUGGAUCCCCCAACUCACCUUCAAUUCGCAGCUCCGCUGCUUGAAUGCCUCACGAUCACCUCCGAAUGCGCGCCUGUGCGAAACGACGAAUCCGAAGCGACUCCGAUCCUCUUCAGCGAGCGCGUCUCUAACCUGAGAGCCUUCGCCCUCCGGCCGCUGUACAUGUGGAUCCCUGGUGGCAAUCACUUUCCACAUCUGACACACCUUUACCUGGGGACCUUCCACGGACGCAUCCUCUACGAUGACACCAUGCGCUACCUGACGUCGCUGUUCUCGAACACCCCUGCCCUCGAAUACCUAUUCUUCUCGGGGCUCCAGGCCGCGGCUGUGCUCACCGUCACCUCCACGCGGGCCGUUCUCCCAUCUCUGCGAGCGUUCACAUGCAUCGACAGCGACCUCGCUGCAACGCUCCUCCUCUUGCAGCGCGUCGAGCUCCCAGAGAAUGUGCUGGUGCGUCUGGACGACCUACACGUCCACAACCAAGACCCGGGUGAUGACACGUACCUGCCCUGCCGCUUGGCGUCUGAGCGCUUCGUCGCGAGCUUCACCCGCCUUGAGAUCGCCGCAGACGACAAUGACCUCCACCUCGUCGCGGAGGGCCCGCGCUCGGGGCUCUGGAUCCGCGCAACGUGCACUGCCGAUGACCUCGAGGACCAGUGGGCGCAGUGGGUCGCCACGCUGCACGCGAUGCUCCCGCUCGCGCGCAUCCGCACCCUGCACGUCUCCCUCCUGAACCAGGCCGUGAUCCCGCACCACCUCCUCGCGCACAUGCCCGACCUUACCACGCUCGCCGUUCGCAUCCACCCGGACUACCACGAUAUGGAUGAGGACAUGUGUUGGGGGCUGCUGGAUGAGAUCUUCCGGGCGCUCUCCGCGGACACGCCGCUCGUGUGCCCCGCGCUCGAGAGCGUUGGCAUCGAGAUCUGGGGCGGGGACCCGGAGGACUUCCGCCUCCCGCCGGCGUCGGAGGCCAUGCGGCGCAUGGUGCGCGCGCGCACGCGUGCGGGGAAGCCGCUCCGCCGCCUCUUGCUGCAGCCGCACCUGGAGCGCGACCUGGAGUCGCCGGAGAUGGCGGAGAUGUUCCGCGCGGCGCUCGCGCUAAUCAAGAGGGACGUCGAGCACGUCGAGCUGGUGAGGGAUGCGGAGUCGGUGUGUCCGUUCAAGAUGAGCGAUGUGUGGAAGAUGGACGCGUUCGAGAAGUAUUGGGAGCUGUUAGACGACGAGAGGCCUCGGUAUAACAUCUCCUGGCUGUAA